AUGAUUCCCACGCGACGUUUAGCUGCUCAAGGAUUUUUCAAGCGGAGUGCCGAUGAGUUCGGCCGGCUCUCCAGAAUCGCUUGGAAUACCGAGGCCCUCCACACUCCCACUAAGCCUUACACCCUCCUUAACUUUGAGGAUGAAGGAACAACCAAUGGCUGCAAGACUAUGGCCGAUCGCGCAGUAGGAGGUUUCAGCACAGCCAGUCUGGACUACGAACCCGCCGAGCCUUCUUCGAACACACCCUCACAUGCCCGCUUCCACGGUACUAUCUCUACCAAAUUACCGGACAACUGGCGCGUGGAAAGAACUGGCUACGCUGCAUUCCGUAACCAAGAUCGAGGCUUUUGGCUUUUCGGCCGGCUCUACUGGGACGUGGAUCCUUACGCGUACCUUGCACUGCGCAUUAAAUCCGAUGGUCGGCGGUACACUGUAAAUGUGCAGACCGACGCCGUCGUCGAGACGGAUAUCCACCAACACAGACUAUACACGCGACACCACCGUGUGCGCGAGGCACCCAAGUCCCUGGAGGAGGCAUAUGACAGUGACGUUGAAUCCUCCGACGCUGCUGAAGAUCUGUACCCUGGUGGCAUGCCCGCAGCUCUCUCAGAUGUUCCACCUGAGUCGACCAUCAUCUCCACAUCUACCAGUACAACAACUUCUGGGUCGAACGGAUGGGAGACUGUUCUGUUGCCGUUCAACUCGUUUGUGCGCACGAACUACGGCUUUGUUAUUGAGCCUCAGACUUCGUUGGCUCGUCAACGGGUUAAGAGUAUCGGCAUUGGUCUGACGGAUCGUGUGGAUGGGCCGUUUGAUCUGCGCAUUCACAAGAUUUGGGCGACCAACGGAAUGGGUGAGGCGGAUAUUGAAGAGGAGCGCAGAAUCUGUGGUGAUAAUGCGCUCCCCCUUGAUGAAGGUGUCCGAUCGGGCUGGACUGAAGAGCCUGAGCCGAAUCCUACUCGGAAAGAGCCUCAGCAGCAGAGUCAGGAGCCUAAGAAGGGGCUCAAGGGUUUGAAGUGGGAGGAGUAG